AGGACAAUCAGCCGGAAGCUGUCAUGAAGAAGAAGAAGAAGAAGUGGGGAGGAACAGGAAGUGAACUUGUGUUGUAGUCCGUGGAAACAGCACGUGAGUCCACGCAGCGUGAACAUGGAGGCAGAAGCGCUUAUUCAAGCUAAGAUUUCUCCUGAGCUGGGGAAGGUUCUUGGUGUGCAGCCUCAAAUCAACUCCAAAGCCAAGUCCCUCACCGAGGCCUUCCUGAAGAACAGCAUACAGAACCAGGACCGACACAACCUGAAGGCCAUGUUGACACACAAGGCUGUGGUACUGGGCUACGCCAGACCCAAGAAGUCAAAGAGGAACAGCAAAAAAGCCAAAGGACUGAACGCUCGACAGAAGAGGGCCAUGAAGGUCUUCCAGAUCAAGCCCGAGGACCAGAGGUACCAGCUCUUCCUUCCUCUACAUGAACUCUGGAGACAGUACAUCACUGACCUGUGCGGUGGACUGAAACCGACAUGCAGUCCACAGUUUGUGCAGCAGAAGCUCCUGAAAGCAGACUUCCAUGGUGCCAUCAUCACAGUGGUGCGGUCCAAAUGUCCGUCAUAUGUCGGGACUACAGGGAUCCUCGUCCAAGAGUUCAAACACGUCUUCAAAAUCAUCACUGAAGAAGACAAACUGAAAGUGAUCCCGAAGAGGAACAGCGUGUUUGCUGUGGAGAUCAACGGCUUCGUCUCGCACAUAUACGGGAACAAGUUCGAGCAGCGAGCCAGCGAACGCUCAGCCAAGAAGUUUAAAGUGAGAGGAACCAUCGACCUGUGAGGCAGACCUCCACCGCCCCCUGCAGGCAGGCAGGAGGAACCGACUGGCUGAUGCAUUAUUCACCAUACGUCAGAGAGUCGGUUUGUUUUGGUGGCAUAUGGAUCACUUUCACACACAGGUUCAGGUGUCGCUUCAUUCUAAAGACAGACAGCUGACAUAUUUGACAUUUUUUCUGCUGACUGGCACUGAUCUGAGUAUACAGAGGUAAUCAGAAGACUGCUGUCUUCAACAGCCAACUUUAGAUCUGACCUAUUUAUUCUUAAACAUGUUUAAUCAGUUAACAAAUCCAUCGCCAACAGUUAGAAACUGCUGAGAAACUUCUCACUUCUCACUGUGCUGCCUGCCGUGUAGAUCUGUCCUCAUUCACCAAUAGAAAAAUGUUUUUCAUACGUAACGUUAGGUAACGUAUAUGCUGAUGCUGAUGCCUGCGAUAUAUAUGUGAGAACACACGUCUCAUAGCUGCAAGACGUUUGCCUGGCAGGUAGCCUUUAACGGAGACAUGCUGUCACCUUGCAUUAUGGGACGUGUAGGAUCUAGUGAGACAGGUCAGAAAAUCUCUGCCUCUGCUGCUUUAAUGUGAAUCAUUCUUCUUAGAAUGAGCAGCGUCUUGCAGCUCUGAAAGUGUAGGUGAGUGCGAGCGGCUGCAGGUUCCUCACUCUGACUGUCUGACGUUUUGUGUCUUUACGUGGCGGGAAUGCUGAUUGUGAUAACAUCUUAUCAUCAGUAAGUGUGACGUGCUCGGAACAUGCUCCACUCUUUGUUUUAUUUGGUUCAACCCCCGCAGAGUGAAACGCCUGGAAAAAAACCUUUAUCAUCAAGUUCCUGCUCACAUUUUUAGUUACUGAUCAAAUGUUUGGAAUUCUUUUGUUGAUUUUUAUUUGUCAUAAGUUUUACAUGACUGCUUCACUUCACGUUGGAGAAGUUUGUAUUUAUUUGACUCAAUUUAAAAAUGUUUUUUAUGGGAAAAUAUUUGAUAAUGUUCAUCAGUACUGGCUGCAGUACUCCCGAGUUUCAGUUUUCUCUGUGUGCCUUUCAGAGCUUUGCUCUUUGUCGAGUAAAUAAAUGGAUUGCAUUAUUUUUU